ACCCCCGUCACCCACACCGUCGAUCUACUGCAUUCGACGCACCUGGUGGAAGGUAGUGUGUUCACCACUGUUCGUGGCUCGGCACACGGCUUGCGGCAUGUUUCCACCGGUGGAGCCGAGCGGAAGUACAAAGUAUCACUGACCGCGACGAUUCACACCGUGCGUGCACUCAUCGUUCAUCCGCAGGCGAUGGGGAUGCUGAUGAUCGGACGAGGCUUGACCAGAGUCAGAGAUCAUCGCAGGCAUCUCUACUGAAGAUCUAUCUGCAGUUCAGUUGUGCGUAUUUUUCAACUCCUUUACACCCUCGUGUUGCAUGCGCCUUCACUCCCACUACUUCAUGCUCGAACUAAGGCUUUUCGGAUCAACUAACUUCGUCGGUCAGUUUGGCUGAGUGCAUAUCCAUGAGACAUUGAUCUUGUGCUGGAAGAGUUCGCAUCGGACGUUGAUGGUCUACACUGCGUCUUGCCGUACGAUGAAUUUCGAAGGGUUGGUCUUAGCAGGCAUUUUCCUGGCCACUCAACAUGGCGCUGCCUUCGGUCAGCACCGAUACAGCGAGGCGGCGCAACCUUCACACAACACUCCAUUCAGCCCUGAUGCCUCCCUUGUCCGCCUGAAGGAUUUGGCGAGGAAAUUCGAUGUCUUUAUCGGAACAGCCUCGAACGCUCAGUACAUCCGUCGCGACAAGGAAUAUGUUCGGAUACUGAAUGAGCAGUUCUCGCUGGUGACACCGGAGAAUGCGUGCAAGUGGACUGCAAUUCGACCCAAUGAGGAAACAUUCGACUUCACGGAUUGCGACUUUGUCCUCGCCAUGGCUGAGGCCAAUCAGCAGACUGUCCGUGGACAUAAUCUCUGCUGGGGUAUCCAUAAUCCAGACUGGCUGGCCAAGUAUGACAAGAACUCCAGUGCACUGCGUAGUCUGCUGGUCGACCACAUCACCAGAGUGGGCAAGCGCUAUGCGGGUCGCGUCUACUCCUGGGAUUUCGUCAAUGAGGCUGUGCUCAAACCGACUGAGAAUGGAACUUACCUCAAGACCAAUGUAUGGUAUCCGGCAAUUCCUGAUAUCAUUGACUUGGCAUUCAAGACCAUUCACUCCAUUGACCGCUCAGCUAAACUCUUUUAUAAUGACUAUGGCUACGAGGUCAUCAAUUCUAAGUCGGAUGCCAUCCAUCGCAUGGUUAAGACCAUGCUGUUGAACAAUGUGCCUGUGCACGGUAUUGGUAUGGAAGCUCAUUUCUUCAUCCAUAAUGACGACGGAUCACACACGGAGGAGCGACUCAUUGACGGAGAUCACAAGCUAGGUUCGCCAGUGCCAGCGGAUUGGUCAUCGGUGGAGGAUAACUUCAGACGAUUUAUUGAUCUGGGUCUGGAGAUUCAUAUCACAGAGAUGGACGUCAGUAUUCCUUCGAUAACGAAGUACUUCCUGGAGAAGCAGGCAGACGUGUACAGGAACUUGCUCAAGAUAUGUCUGAAAUUUGCACCAAUGUGCAAGUCUUUCGAAACUUGGGAAUUUGUUGACAAGUAUUCCUGGCGAACGGGUGAACCGGACUACUUUGAUGACAACUACAAGCCAAAGCCAUGCUUCUUUGCGGUCGCUGACACGCUGAAUACCACAGUUCCAGUGACCAAUGGAUAAUAUGGGUGCAAUGGUGUGCCUUUCGGCAAAGAGGCCUGGAUUGGAACGCGUCUAAACUUGUGGUGCCUCCACGGGCGUGCAAUGGCAGAGCACGUGCCCAUUGUCCCCGAAUAUCAUGCUUUACACAAAGACGUAGACAAACUACGGUAUGCGCUCCUCAUCAUCGGAUGAUGACCUUAGCCAGCUGCAAUAGGUAUAGUGAAUGAUUGGGGGCUCCCCAAAACACCAUGGAUUGCUAUCACGGAUCCGUUUAAGUCAUUCACCUCCGUGUGUGUGUGUGUGUUUUUAUUAUUAUUCAUUUUCCUCUCGUCUCUCAUACCCUGCUGGCACCUCUAGAUGAAUUCGUAUUAUUUUGUCAUUUUUGUGACUUUUGUGACUUUUCCAUUUAAUAGAUAAACCUGCUAGUACAUGUACUUCCAAUGCGCACUGACUUCCAACAGUAACUUAGAGAAUACGCUGUACAGCUGUCUGGGUUAUUUCCACAUACCUGUCAGGAGGUAUCCAAUACUGUCCUUUGGCGUCUCCGACUCAAUGUUUGGUAGCAGAUGGCUACAACUUGUAGACCGGCGACGCCGUGCCGCCACACACAAGAGUGACCAGGAGCAUGGCAAUUGCAUGAGUAGUUCCCGGGAAUCUAACACACCUUCAAGUUC